AUGAUGGGGGCUUGCAUGAGCUCCAAUAAGGAGGAAGAGGAGCAAAAGAAACGGAGUCAGGCUAUAGACCGCGCACUCGAUGAGGACUCGAAGAGGUUAAGGCGAGAAUGCAAAAUUCUUCUACUAGGAUCCGGCGAGAGCGGAAAAUCAACAAUUGUCAAGCAGAUGAAGAUAAUACACUUGAAAGGCUACUCGGAAGAUGAACUAUUCAACUACCGCGCCACGGUCUUUAAAAACCUGAUCGAAUGCGCCAAAGCCGUUAUUAUCGCGAUGGACCAAUUCGAUAUCGAGGCGAGCAGUGAGGAAACCAAAGAGUACUGCGACUAUUUGCUAGGAUAUACGGUCGAAUCAGGCCCAUCAGCACAUAUCGAACCCAAGGUUGCGACGGCAGUACAAGCCUUAUGGCACGAUCCAUGCAUCGAGCGACUUAUGCAGCACGCCACGGAAUUCUACUUGAUGGACUCAGCCGAGUAUUUCUUCGACGAAGUAUCGCGAAUUUGCGCCCAGGAUUACCUACCAAAUGAAAUGGAUGUCCUCCGCGCGCGGACGAAGACGACCGGUAUCUACGAAACCCGAUUCCAGAUGGGAGCUCUCAGUAUUCACAUGUUCGAUGUUGGUGGGCAGAGGAGUGAGCGUAAGAAGUGGAUACACUGCUUCGAGAACGUGACGUCUAUCAUAUUCUGCGUGGCGCUGAGCGAAUACGAUCAGGUGCUGCUCGAAGAAAGUAGCCAGAAUCGAAUGAUGGAAAGCUUGUUGCUAUUUGACUCGGUUGUCAACUCGAGAUGGUUCAUGAGAACGAGCAUAAUACUGUUCCUGAACAAGGUUGACAUAUUUAAAGUCAAGCUUCCUAGAUCGCCGUUGGGUAAUUAUUUCCCAGACUACUCCGGGGGCAACGAUGUGAAUAAAGCUGCAAAAUACCUGCUAUGGAGAUUCAACCAGGUUAAUAGAGCUCACCUGAAUUUAUAUCCUCACUUAACCCAAGCAACAGACACAUCCAACAUUCGGUUGGUAUUCGCGGCCGUGAAGGAAACGAUACUUAAUAAUGCGCUGAAGGACUCUGGCAUCUUGUGA